GUUAAGUAAACAAAAAAUAGAUUGUAACGAAAAUGCCGCCCAAAAAGAACAAAGUUGAGGAACCAGUGGUGAAAGGACCGUUACCACCCAAUAUAUUUCUAUACAUACAGCUGGCGGGGAUGGGCACCUUGCCACCCACAGUGCAUCCAAUAGAAUUACACUUGGAGCAAGGCGAUAGCGUUUUAGUCAAAUGCGUGGAGCACUACAAUACCGAGGGCAUAAUUUACGAAGAUGAGUUCGAUAUGAAGCCCACAUAUACAUUAAUUUUUCAGCAGGAUAAUUUGGAUCGCAUCAAUCAUGCCGCCGACAAUCCAUUGCUCAUCAAGUUGUUUAUGCGAAAAAGCGAACCACCCAAGUUGAUGGGCGAGGAGGAGGCAGAGACCUAUUUGACAUUUGAGUCGGAUACCGAUGGAUUUGCAACAAUGAAAGAAAAUGCAAUUUUGAAUCAGCUGCUGGGCUUGGAUGAUGAAAAGGAUGAAAUCAAUUACUAUGCUGAAAAGGAAGAGUUAAUCUUACUCUGUGUGGGCUAUUUGGAUCUGAUUAAAGUAUUUGGUCACUCCAGAUGCAUGAUUAAGGAGGAACUGUAUCUAUAUCCAGUGCCAGAAGUACCCACCGAACUACGCUAUACCGUACAUUCAUCCUGGCAUCUUUAUACGCUAGUGCCCAUAGCCAAAGAGCUCGUGUUUACCAACAUGGCAUUCGUCACCUUCGAAUCAAUUUAUAAUCUCAGCAAUGAUUACAUUCUCGAUCUUGAUAGUCUCUAUGUGCAGUUGAGCUUUCGUUCUAGGGAGCCAGUUGGACGCAAUGAAUAUCACACUGUACCUUGGUGCACGUUCAACUCCUUUAACGAAAGCAUCAUUAGUGAUCAAUCCAGCUCGACGGUAUUUGAAUCUUUUCGUGGUCGCGUGAGCUCGAGCACUUGCACUGGCUUGAAGUCCUCGAUGGAAGUGCAAAUGCACAAACUAUUCGCACAAAUUAUGCGCUCCGAAGGCUUGAACUUUGAUGUGGAGAAUAUUGAUGUUAGCAAUGAUAUGGCGCUGGUGUUCAAUAGCUUUCAUCGCUUUAUACUCACCCGACAAAUGUCGGAAACACUUUGUCAUGCUAUUAUCUGUAAAAGAUAUGUCGUGGCUGUGGAUGUUUGGCAACAGGGAAAGUCCACACAGCAGCGUGUGUUCCAAGGCUUUCUCGAUCCCGCUAUACUUUGUUUUCCUGGUGUGCAAAAUAUACGCUUUGCUGUGGAAUUGAAGUACUUGGGUGCAAAGAAGCCCAAGCCCAAGCCGCCAAAGCGUGUGACACGUGUUAGUUUGCCCAGCGAGGAUGGACGCAUGACUACGCAGCUGAGUGCGGAGCCUGUGGAAACGACAUUUGCUAUUAUUAAAAUAUGUUUGCUAUCACCUUUGGGUGAAAUCUAUCAGGAGCUGAAAGUAUUUCGCGAGAGUUUUAUAAGUCAAAAUCGCAUGCUGCAUUGCGAUAUCUUAACCGAGAACAAAGCCUUGACGCUGAAGCAAAUCCAACGUGAGGCUUACAUGCGCUUCGAUUCAUUCGUCAAGGAUACAGUGCAGUAUAUUAUAGAGAAGAAUGUGUUCAGUGUGGAGGAUAAGCAGUCGCAUUUCUGCUGUGCUCUGCGUAAUCUAUCGAACAUAUUGCUCAAUGUGGUGGGCAGUGAUUUCAAUAUGCGCAUUCCAACCAGCACCAAUGAGGAAUUUUCGAACCUUUGCGUUAUAGUUUUCAAUGAGCUGGAGAAGCGCAUACAUGAUAUUGUGGAAAAGGCAGAGGAUCGUGGCUUUGAUGAGCUUCUACACAGCGAUCAGCAAAGAAAAAAUGAUCAGUUUAUUGAUAUAAUGAAUACUAUCAAGUAUUUGCGAGCUGUCGACGAUCAGCGUAUGGCAGACUUUUUGCAUGAAAGGAUAACAGAAUAUAGCUGCAGUAUUUUUGAUUUCUAUGAUCUUAUAGCCAAAAUGGAGCAAUGCGACUAUGUGGCCGCCAGAGAAUAUUUCAAAGCUGCCAAGCGACUUUCACAUGCCAAUGAAUAUUAUUCUGGCUGGAUACGUUUGUACUUGCGCUAUUUGGAAACACGUGACGAUCCCGAUGAGCUUGUCGCCGCCAAUGCCACCGAGUGUCUGCUUAAGAGCAUCUUCAAGUACGCAGAGUUUCAUGCUCGCCAGCUGGACGGUUGGGUGCUGCUGCAUUGCUACUACAAGCAUUUUAAUUAUGCGCCUGGCUAUGACUACGCACGCUGGCGUUAUGAGGAUCAGCUGCGUCUGCCGCGUGGCAAUGCUGCUGCAACUCCAUUUAGCUUUUGGGGCAUCAAUCUGAAUAUAUAUCCGGAGUUUUCAGAGCCGCGUGGACGCAUUUUCUUUGGCGUAUUCAAAAUGUUUGUGCGCUUGGGCAUUUACGAGUUUGGUGAGAUAAUCUUUGCACAGAUUCAGUCGCUGUGCAGUGAGGCAUAUAGAUAUAUGAUAAAUACACAAUUGAUGAUAUUGAGAAAAACGCUGCCAGAGGACUAUGAGUUGUCCACUUUCGAGUUUGAUGAAACACAGGAGGGCAUUAUAAAGAGCGCGUUCAAUGCCCAGAUCAAUGGCAAUGUGGAGUAUUAUCGCGGCAACUGGGAGGCAGCGGCUGAGUAUUAUGAGGAGAACUUGAAUAAAGGCGCCGACGCCUUUAUGCAUCGUGAUAACUAUUUGCUAAGUAAACUGCGCCUGGCCUAUCUGUCCAUGCAAGUGGGUGACUAUCAAAAGGCUAUUGAUGCUAUAAGCGCAAGUCAGCUUAUGGCUGGCAAUAUGCUCUCGCUCAUUGGACUCUAUUUGCUGGGCAAGGCUAACUAUAAACUGCAUAAUCUGGAAAAGGCUAUGCAGCAUUUUAUUGAGUGCACCACUUUGGGCUCACAUGUGCCCAAUGCUUGGGGAUUUUUGGCGCUCAUUCAUUUGCAAUUGGGCAAUAAUAUGGCUGCGCUAUGUUGCUGGAAAUAUGCCAAGGUUGAUCCGACGAAGGCAAUAUCAGAUGACUUUAUCUAUGACGAGCUGGAUGCCAUUGACAUAGACAGUGUGGAACUCUAUGUGGAUGUACAAAGUGAUGCGAGUGUGUCCUUUUGCGGCAAGGAUGACGAUUAUUAGCAAAAUUUGCAAUGUUCACACACACACAAAUAUUAAAAAUACAAUA